UUUGUUGUUAAGUUUCUAUUUCGUUUGUUAAGGUGUAUUACAGUCAGUUUGGAAAUACCUUUAACUAUAGAAAUGACAACGGAAUGCUCUGAAGACGCGAUUUAUGAAAAUUUGAAUUCGCUAGACGCGCCAAAUCGGCCAAAGGCAAUUGAAAUGAUGUCAUCAAUACCUACUAUGGGGGAUGACCACGAUGAAGUGAUCGUUGACACCAGAUCCUCAUCACUGGGACGAGAUAACCGCGAGUUUCAAAAUGCCAUCAGCAACCACAGGGAUAUGUAUGUUGGAAUCCAUCUGCCAAUGAGGCAAAAGCGUAGCAAAAAAGAUGAUAAGGAAAGUAAGCAUAGAGAACCAAGGCAACCAAAUGGAGAUGUUAGAAACCAGCUACCAAACGGUGGUGAUUUUUUGAGUGGCGGGAUGUUUCUUUCUUUUCCAGCUGCACUAGCAAAAGAUUCAGAAAGUGGUAUUAGAAAAAACUCAUCGCUCCCGAACUUCGGCAGGUAUAAGUCAGCUGACAACCUGGCAAGCAGCAGCACCAGCCGUGGGUCACUUGGAACCUUAGAUACAUUUGAGGAUAAAGAAAAACGCGCUCAGACAGCAAAAUUCAUGAAGAAAGUACCACAAGGUUCCGAGGCCUCUAACGUCCUAGUUGGCGAAGUUGAGUUUCUUCAGACACCAAUGACUGCAUUUGUACGCCUACAAGAGGGCGCUAUCUUAAAUGAUCUUACCGAAGUUCCAAUUCCAACUCGAUUUGUUUUCAUCCUACUUGGACCCCCAACGAAAAACAACCGACGUUAUCAUGAAAUUGGGAGAUGUAUCGCUACACUUAUGUCCGACGAAGUUUUCCAAGAAGUUGCAUAUAAAGCAAGAAGCAGAGAGGAUUUACUCGCUGGCAUUGAUGAGUUUAUGGAUCAAGUCACUGUUCUACCUCCAGGGAGCUGGGACCCAUCAAUUAGAAUCGAACCCCCAAAGCAGACGAUAUCACAAGAUAAACGAAGAAGACCUGAUGGUGAAGACGACGAUGAAAAAAAGGAAGAAGAAGGACAUGGUUUUAAUCUUCAGAGGACAGGGAAGGUAUUCGGCGGACUUCUUCAAGACAUCAGAACCAAGUCUCCGUUUUAUCAGAGUGAUUUUACGGAUUCAUUGAAUAUCCAAUGUUUUGCAUCUUUCAUCUUCAUGUACAUCGCUUGUAUUACACCUAUCAUUACUUUUGGCGGUCUUCUUGGAGCUGCCACCAACGAUAAUAUAGCUGCCUUCGAGAGUCUCUUAGGUGCUGCUAUAUGUGGCAUCAUGUACCAUCUGUUUUCUGGCCAGCCACUCACCAUCAUCGGAAGUACAGGGCCCAUCCUCAUUUUUGAGACUAUCAUGUUCAACCUUUGCGAGAGUUUGGGUUGGUACUACUUGUCUUUCCGCUUGUGGAUAGGCGUGUGGACGUGUUUUCUGUGCAUCGUUUUAGUGGCCACUGAUGCUAGCGCUCUGGUUCGCUACUUCACUCGUUUCACUGAGGAAUCUUUCUCCGCACUGAUUUCAUUCAUUUUCAUCGCCGAGGCGUUCCAUAAUAUUUUGGAUGUGCUUCAUGAAAAUCCUAUUGCGAAAGAAUUAGAUCGAUACGAACCGUACCCAGUGUAUGACUGUAUGUGUGUUCCAAACAACACAGAAACCAACCUAAGCUGGAUAUCUCCUGAGGACUGCGAGACGAAUGGAGGCACAAUAGAGGGAGAAUACUGCGAGCACAUGCCCGUACCAGACGUCUUCUUUUUUUCGCUAAUUCUCUUCUUUGCGACGUUCGUACUCGCCAUGUCAACCAAGCUCUUCCGAUUUUCUAGAUUCUUCCCAUCAUGGGUUCGUUUCCUUAUCAGUGAUUUCGGCGUAUUCUUGUCCUUCAUUGUUAUGACUCUUAUUGAUUGGGCCAUUGAAUUACCAACACCGAAACUUACCAUUCCCUCAGAGUUCGAGCCUACAAACCCUGAUCGUGAGGGAUGGUUCGUGAGCCCUUUCCCCUCUCAAAACCCAUGGUGGCUGUGUAUAGUGGCAAUUAUUCCAGCCCUUCUCUGUUCCAUCCUCAUCUUCAUGGAUCAACAGAUUACAGCUGUCAUCGUGAACAGAAAGGAAAACAAACUAAAGAAAGGUUGUGGUUAUCAUUUGGAUCUUUUGGUAGUUAGUAUUGGUCUUCUGAUUAUGUCACUCCUCGGUUUACCAUGGUUUGUUGCAGCCACUGUGCUUUCCAUCAACCACGUCGACAGUUUAAGAGUAAUGUCGGAAACGAAGAUUCCAGGAGAGGCACCAAAGGUACAAGGUUGCAGGGAGCAACGUGUAACAGGAUUGUUAGUAUUCAUUAUGAUCGGACUGUCCUCUUUAAUGACGGAUUUACUGUCUUUUAUUCCCAUGCCUGUCUUAUAUGGAGUCUUCUUGUAUAUGGGAAUUUCAUCUCUCAGAGGAGUCCAGUUUGUGGACCGUAUCCUCCUGGUCAUCACUCCAGCCAAAUACCAACCAGACUACACAUUUCUACGUCACGUCAAGUUAUGGCGUGUCCACAUCUUCACCCUCAUUCAGGCUAUAUGUCUCGCCAUUCUCUGGGUUAUCAAGAAGUCUGAUGCAGGCAUUAUCUUCCCUCUCUUGGUUUUGGCGCUUGUCGUUGUCCGAAAGGUGAUGGAAUAUUUCUUCACAGAAUACGAACUCAGCUACUUGGAUGACAUUAUUCCCGAGAGUACGAAGAAGGUCAGAGAUAACGAAAUUCGCUUUGAAGAAGAACUGAAAGAAGAGGAAAGUCGCGCUCGUGGAGGUACCAUUAGUGUCGUUCUCGAGGGAGGUCAGACACUCACUGUUCCAGCAGAUAAGAUCGUGUUUAACACAGAAGAUGGUAAAACUAUCUCUGGUGCAACUGCACUCCGAAGGAGACAUAAUUCCGGCUUGAGAGAAAUUGAGGAAAAUAAAGAGGCAGUAACAAUCGACAUGCCUAAAGCAGCAGUUGAGACAAAGGAUACGAUGCUUUAGGAACCUAACCAAUUUGCAGUACAUAGAAAAAAUGAUUAAAAGUUUAUCAUAGUGCUCACCUGAUACGGUAGAGUACGGAGCAUUUACUCAAAAGAAUUUCAGAUCAAAAUUUACAAAUCUUUUUCUUUCAUUCCAUUUCUUGAUUUUGUUCAUGUAAAAUGCAUGAGCAGUGUUUUUGUCAACACAAUUUUAAUUAGAGAAAUCAUGAUUUAGAGAAAAUAAUUAUGUCACAAUUCAUAUUUGACUUCCUACGCUUAAAUUCUCUCAAAUAGGCCUAUUAAGCUUUGUGUUCUAAGUUUUUUCCAUAAUCCAAAAUUAUAUGUGUAAAUAGAGGAGGCACAGUGACUAGAUCUUGCAGUUUAAUAAAACAUAGUGCUGUCAUGUUUAGCACGAAGUGACAAUUCAACUGAGUGAUGAUACUACUGAUAUAAGAACCUGCAAAUUUCUUUUAAUUGUUCCUUUAGUUGUUUUUUUUUUAAUCAAGUUAUAUUUGGCGCAGCAUCAUCGUCAUUAUGCAAUUGAAUUUUCUCAUAUUUUUUCAACAACAAUAAAAUAAAUACUGCAAUAAUUAUAAAUUUUAAAAUAGUAGAGUCUGUAGUUAAGUUAUAAUAGUGUUUGCUGCGUUUGCAAGUGAAGUUUGUGUUUAGGUCCGUUGUUAAAUCCGUGUUUUAGGUCACAGUACAAUAUUUAAAAAUGCAUUGUAAACGCAUUUUAAAAGGUAUGCUAUGAUUUUCUUUUGUUGUAAAUAUUUUUUGCCUGAAAUAAUUAUCAUAUGUAUGAUGUAUUAAAACAAAAAAUACAAUGUUUGCGUACUUAGCACUGUGAACAUAUGAUAUGUUAUAUAAAUAGCUAAAAUAACCAAUUUUUCAUUAUAUGUGUAUAAAUACAUAUCAUUAAAAUGUCACAUUUACAAAA